AUGUUUGGCUCAGCUCAAUCUCUUGCCCUCCUGUGUGCCGGCGCAUUGUCAUUUGGCAGUGUCAUGGCGCAGGACUCGAAGCCACAGUAUGGGCAGAAUGGCGGGGAGCAAGGUGGGCAGCUACAGCCUGUCUUGACUACAAUCAGCCAGGAUCCAGAUCUCUCCAUGUUCUACAGCCUCUUCUUCAAGACUGGCUUCAUGGGCAAGCCAGGUCCCAUGUUCGAGGAACGCUUCAAUGAUCCUCGACGACUCGACGGCACGAAGUACACCGUCUUUGCACCAACAAACCAGGCACUUCAAAAAUUGCCAUCAACUGUGAUCGAGCAGCUCCAAGAGCCGGCUUCGUUCCCGCUGCUUGAGCAGAUCCUGUACACCCAUGUUAUUCAAGCAGACCUCAGAGCGCAGGACUUCGGUUCGAACAAACAAUUUCGCACAGCCGGUCAGUCGACACUGGGCUUCGACCGAAGUGGCUGUGUGACCUCAAACGCCGGAUUGACCAGGACUGCUGCGCCUCAGUACUGCCAGGCGCGUAUCGUGAACCAACGCAACAGCCCACUGCGUGCUUCGAACGGCGCUGUGUACAAGAUCGAUGGUCUCAUUGAUGGUCUGAUCACCUUUUUCGGUGAGGAUGCAGGAGGUCGCAUGCCUUCCAUUUCUUACGAGUCCGGCACCGUUCAAGAUGUGCUCGCCAGAGAUUCCGAGCUCUCGACCUUGAACCGGCUCUACACAGAUAUCGCGCCAUCCUACCUCGUCCGACUUGGUCUUUAUGAUGCGGACCGUCAAGGUGGCAAGAAGAAGUGGAUCUAUCUGGCUCCCAGCAACACCGCAUUCGAGGCGCUGCCACAGGGUGCGAUGGAAGCCAUGAUGGCACCAGCCACCAACCCAUUCUCAAGUUUCACGCUUGGAUUUGGUCUGGUGAACAACUACAGCCAGCGUAUGCCAAUGCAGGCCACUUCCACUACAGGGUUCAACAUCACGAUUGCGGACGGCAAGGUCAACAAUGCUAGGGUCGAGAAGAAGACAUGUGUCGACAACGCCUGUAUUUGGCACAUCGGCAGACUGAUCGACCCUGUUUACCCUGCUUCGUAUAGACCACAGGCUGCAGCUUUUGGAUCGUACAGGCAGCAGAAGGACUCCAAGCAGUCAAGGUAG